CACAUAUUUUACGUCGCUCCUCCUCGUCCACCGUCACACUUGUUUCAACACGCUGUAUUUUCGACAUCACGAGUCAGGAAAAACGCAGCACACAAGAUGGCUACACCCCCUAAUGAUAAACCUGUAUCACAGACGUUAGCAACUACUUUAAAAAUUGAGAAAAAUAUCAUUCGGUCAAACGGAUAUCCAAUCAUUUUGAAUACUUCAUAUCCUAUAAAUGAAUCUGUUUUUGAUAAUCCACUUCAGCCAAUAUCUAGACCAACGUCUGUUGAGGAAAUACCUUCUUGGGAUUUGAGCAUAUACGAAAAUCGCUUAAAAACAUUUGCUGGAGAAUGGAUAUUACAAUUUAUAACCCCUACCCAAAUGGCCAAAGCUGGAUUUUAUUACAUUGGCCCACAAGAUCGUGUUAGAUGUAUGUUUUGUUCUUUAGAACUCGAUUAUUGGAAACAUGGUGAAGAUCCAGUUGGUGAACAUAAAAAACGGUCUCCACAUUGUGCAUUUUUUAAUGACUCUUCUGCUGGUUAUGAUGUGUGUGGUAUUUAUGCGUCGGGUCCUGCUGAUGUCCGUUCUAACAUUGAGUCACCCAAGUUACAAGAUGUUUUAGAAUCUGUUGGUAUUCUGCAAAAAAUUAAAGAACCUAUGCACAAAGAUUUUGCCACCUUAGAAGCACGCUUGGAAUCCUUUGAAAAUUGUUUGAUACCAUUAAAACAGAAUAUUCAAACUCUAUGUGAAGCGGGAUUGUAUUAUCAAGGCACUGGUACAAAUGACUAUAUGUCAUGUUAUUACUGUGGUCAAGGUCUUAUUGACUGGAAAGAUAACGAUGAACCAUGGACAGAACAUGCCAAAUGGUCAAAAACUUGUAAUUAUGUGUUGUUGAAUAAAGGGAAAAACUUUGUUGACGAAGCAUAUGGUGUUGAAAGCACAAAAUUAAACGCAACGGAGUUACGCAAAUGGAUUGCUGAACAUAAGGAUACGUCUAUCACUGAAAAUAAUAUGAAAGUAAAUUCGACAAAAAAAAAACUUGAUCAGUCAAACAUUUCCAACAUAGGUCAAAUCAAAAUAACAUCUGUGGAAAACUUACUGUUUUGUCAAAAGCAAGAUCCCAAUACAAUGCCAGAUUCUAUGCUGUGCAAGAUUUGCUAUAAAGAAGAAAUGAAAGUCGCUUGUAUCCCUUGCGGCCAUAUUGUCGCCUGCAUUCAAUGCGCUUUAACACUCACACAUUGUGCUAUGUGUAGACAGCCAUUGUGUAUGCUAAUGAGAGUACACUUAUCAAUGGAUGAAGAAAAAGUUAAAGAUGUCGAACAGUUACCAUGCAGUUCAUCACAGUGUUUGGAUGUACAAGCAGACCCAAUGCUUUGCAAAGUAUGCCAUAAAGAAGAAAUGGCAGCGGUAUUUAUACCCUGUAGACAUGUUUAUGCCUGCUUCAAAUGCGGUGCAGAUAUGAACGAGUGCCCGGCGUGUAAAGAAAGUAUCUGUUGCACUAUUCAAGUGUACUUAUAAGGCUUAUAAAAUCAGUGCGACAUUGUGUGGUGAAAACCAUAUUAUUAUUAAAUUUCAAUUUGUAUAAUUAAUUUCAGUUUUAACAACUUAAUUUAUAAUGAAAUAUAAUACACAUCAAAGUGGGAUAAAUCUUGCUAUGCUGUUGUGUUGUCAGUAUUUAUAAUAUUCUGCAAUGCACAAGGUUCAUAGUUUAUUUUGUGACUGAUAACCUUAAAAGAUGUUACACAACAAUAAUUAUCACUAUCAUAACAUAGUAAUUACGAUGCACAAUUAUGUUAUUUUUUUAUAUAAAAGUAGG